UUCCCAGAGAACCUCUGGGCGGUGCCAAAGAGUUGUAUCUUCCACACGGUACGCGAGGGCGCGCUAGUCGGCUCAAGGCGUUCUGAAGAUCCAUCUGGCAGAGCUUCUUCAAAGGCUUCCUUGCUUCCAUCUUGCACCGUGCAGGCUGUGGAAGACAAGAGUUGCUUCUUGCACGUCCGGUUAUCUUCAGCCUCCUGCAGAGACAGCAUGCCGAGAACCCGGAAGAGGCUAACUGGGGCUGCUGGCCCAGACAAGAAGGAGCCAUCAGAAAAGCGUACUAAGACUGAAAGCUCGGGAGAUACAUCCGCUAAGCUAGAGAGUCCCAGCACUCAGAAGACUUCAACCUCUAAAAAUAAUGGCAAGAAUUCCAGCAACUACUGGCUGAUGAAGUCAGAGCCAGAAAGCCGGAUAGAGAAAGGUGUUGAUGUGAAGUUCGGCAUUGAGGAUCUCAAAGCACAGCCCAAGCAGACAGCUUGCUGGGAUGGUGUUCGCAACUAUCAGGCUCGGAACUUCCUCAGGGCCAUGAAGUUGGAGGAAGAAGCCUUCUUCUACCAUAGCAACUGUAAACAGCCAGGCAUCGUGGGACUUAUGAAGAUCGUAAAGGAGGCUUACCCAGACCACACACAGUUUGAAAAAAAUAAUCCCCAUUACGACCCAUCCAGCAAAGAGGACAACCCUAAGUGGUCGAUGGUGGAUGUACAAUUCGUUCGAAUGAUGAAGCGUUUCAUCCCCCUGGAGGAGCUGAAAGCCCAUCACCAUGCCCACAAAGCUUCCGGUGGCCCCUUAAAAAGCAUGACUCUCUUCACUCGCCAGAGACUGUCAGUUCAGCCUGUGACCCGAGAAGAGUUUGAUUUUAUUUUGAGCCUGGAGGAAACAGAACCAAGUUAGUGAAGACUCUGCUGAUGGAAUGAACGAGCCAGUGAUCCACAAAGUCAAGAUUCUAUAAGGCAAAAGAAGAAAGCUUGCAGUGUCUACCUGGGGUCAUGUGCACAGGUGGUUUGUUCGUGUUUACCAAUAAAAGAUAUUUCAUGACAAGG